UUCGGUCGGUUUUCUCCUCCGUGUGUGAGUCGGGACCCUGAGAGCAAACACAGAGCUGCCUGCUGCCUGCUUCGGGAAGAGCCCCGCCCUCUCUAUGCCAUCAUCUGCAGUAAUUCGCUGACAUCAUGUCUAAGAAGGCCGGAAACCGCGGGCCAGAGAUGGAGGGGCUGUUGGAGGCAUCGAUCAUCCGGAUCCCUCCGCAUCACUACAUCCACGUCCUGGACCAGAACACCAACAUCGCCCGAGUGGAGAUCGGACCGCUCACCUACAUCCGCCAGGACAACGAGAGAGUGCUUUUCACUCCGGUGCGCAUGGUCAUGGUGCCUCCUCGUCACUAUUGUGUGAUCGCCAACCCCGUGGCCCGCGAUGACGACAACCAGGUCCUGUUUGACCAAUCUGGACAGGCCAAGCUGCGUCACGCCGACCUGGAGAUCCGCCUGACCCAGGACCCGUUCCCCCUGUACCCCGGGGAGGAGAUGCAACAGGACGUGACGCCGCUGCAGAUCGUGUACCCCGACACGGCUCUGCGUCUGCAGGCUCUGCUGGACUUUGAGGUGGAGGGAGGAGAGAAGAGAGUAGCUGGAGACGAGUGGCUGUUCGAAGGACCCGGGACCUACAUCCCCAGGAAGGAGGUGGCCGUGCUGGAGACCAUCAAGGCCACGGUGAUCAGGGAGAACCAGGCCAUCAGGCUGAGAGCUCGCAAGGAGGGCAAGGACAGAACCGGAGUCAACAGAGUGACAGGUGAGGAGUGGCUGGUCAGUAAGGUGGGCGCGUACCUUCCAGGCGCGCACGAAGAGGUGAUUGACAUCGUCAACGCUUUCAUCCUCACUGACAAGAAAGCGCUGCACGUGCGCGCCCUGCGGCCCUUCAAAGAUGCCGGCGGGCGAGAACGUCGCACCGGGGAGGAAUGGCUGGUCACCAUGGCUGAUCGAGAGGCCCACAUCCCCUCUGUGGCAGAGGAGGUGGUGGGUGUGGUGGAUGUAACCACCCUGAGCAGCAGGCAGUACUGCGUGAUCCUGGACCCGGUCGGACCCGACGGGAAACCUCAGCUGGGUCAGAAGAGGGUGGUGAAGGGCGAGCGCUCGUUUUUCCUGCAGCCUGGGGAGCACCUGGAAAACGGCAUCCAGGACGUGUACGUGCUGUCGGAGGAGGAGGGGCUAGUGCUGCGAGCUGUGGAGGCCUUUAACGACACCCAGGAGCAGGAGGAAGACGAGGAGGAGGAGGAGGAAGAGCAGCAGGAGAGGGCCAAGCGCUCUCGCAGAAGCGGCACCCCCCGUCGCCCUGGAGAUCGCUGGAUGCUGCGGGGCCCCAUCGAGUACGUCCCCCCUGCCAGCGUGGAGGUGUUGCUGCGGCGCCAAGCCAUCCCGCUGGAUGAGAACGAGGGCAUCUACGUCAGGGACAUCAAAACGGGAAAGGUGCGCGCGGUGAUUGGUCACACCUACAUGCUGACUCACGACGAGGAGCUGUGGGAGAAGGACCUUCCUCCGAACGUCGAGGCCCUGCUGGGCGCUCGUCUCGACCCGCUUGCCGACCGCUCAGACCGCGGCCAGCAGGCACCGGCCGCCCCGAGGGAGAAGACCAGGGUGGUGUCCUUCAGGGUGCCCCACAACGCCGCCGUGCAGGUCUACGACUACAGGGAGAAGAAAGCCAGGGUGGUGUUUGGACCGGAGAUGGUGAUGCUGGGACCCGACGAGCAGUUCACCGUGCUGUCGCUGUCUGGGGACAAGCCAAAGAGGGCCAACGUCAUCAAGGCCAUCUGCCUCCUGCUGGGGCCCGACUUCUUCACCGACAUCAUCACCAUCGAGACGGCCGACCACGCCCGGCUGCAGCUGCAGCUCUCCUACAACUGGCACUUCGAGGUGAAGUCUCGGGCGGACGCAGCCAACGCCGCGGCCGUGUUUUCGGUCCCCGACUUUGUGGGCGACGCCUGUAAAGCCAUCGCAUCGCGGAUCCGUGGAGCUGUCGCCUCGGUGCAGUUUGAUGAUUUCCACAAGAACUCAAACCGGAUCAUCUGCUCGGCCGUGUUCGGCUUCGAUGAGAAGAUGCAGGUUCGCUCGAGUCUUCGCUUCAGCCAGAACAACCUGGUGAUCAGCAGCGUGGACAUCCAGUCCGUGGAGCCCGUCGACCAGCGCACACGAGAUGCCCUGCAGAAGAGCGUCCAGCUGGCCAUCGAGAUCACCACCAACUCCCAGGAAGCGGCUGCACGACACGAGGCCGAGCGUCUGGAGCAGGAGGCCCGGGGGAAGCUGGAGAGGCAGCGCAUCACCGACCAGGCCGAGGCGGAGCGAGCCAGGAAGGAGCUGCUGGAGCUGGAGGCGCUCAGCGCGGCGGUGGAGAGCACCGGAGCGGCGAAGGCUGAAGCUCAGUCUCGGGCGGAGGCGGCUCGGAUUCAGGGAGAGGCGGCGGUCAGUGAGGCCAAACUGAAGGCCGAGGCUCAGAGGAUCGAGGCGGAGGCGGAGCUGCAGCGCCUGGCGAAGGCUCGUGAGCAGGAGCUGAGCUAUAAGAAGGAGAUCGACCAUCUGGAGGUGGAGAAGCAGCAGCGGCUGGCUGAGAUCGAGAGUCAGCGCUUCAAGCAGAUGAUGGAGAGUUUGGGCAGCGAGACGCUGAAGGAGAUCGCCAGAGCCGGCCCCGAGAUGCAGGUGAAGAUGCUCCAGUCUCUGGGGCUCAAGUCCACCCUCAUCACGGACGGCUCGUCUCCCAUCAACCUCUUCACCACAGCCAACGGCCUGCUGGGGGCGCUGCCGGGUCAGGGACAGGCCCAGUGAGGAAGAGGAGGGGAACAGAUGUGAAAGUUCAACAUUGGAGGUCGUGACGGGUUUUUUCCACCUAUCAUACAAUAUGUUAAAGUUCAAUAUUAAAGCGAUGUGUGCUGGCCAGAGGAAGUGAGGUGCGCACGUGUCGGAGAACCCGCAGCGAAGAUGUCGUUCACCGUCCCACGCUGACAGCCAAAGAUUUGUUCCUACUGAGCACUUUUUCUCCCAAAGCUAAAAAUGCUGUUUACAGAUGUUGACUCUGGUGUGUGGAUGUCUCUGCCUUACAAAGUGCUCAUGUUCUUCCUUCUGUGGUUUUUUCACUGAAGCAAUAUUAAAACUGACGUCCUCCGCUG